AAAUCUGUAACACCAUAACCCAAAAGAAAGGAAGCACCAUAACUUAUAACCCUAGCUAGCGGCCUAGCCCUCCAAAUUCCAAUUCGUAGAAUUUGCUGCGAUUACAAAGUAAAUCUCAAGAAAAAGGUUUGUUUUUUCUUUCGGUUAUAUGUAAAGUCUAACUGCACUUAUCAUUGCUCAUCUUCCACGGCUCCACAGCUGACCACGACCACUAUACGCCGCCGCCCGCCUGUCCCUGGAGCCAAAGUAAAAAUAAAUGGCAUUUGUAGUAAAAGUUCCUGUGAGUGCGAGGUUCCCUCCACAAGGGAAAUUUGGAGGAUUUUGUGGGAAUGAAAUUAGCAAAUCUGGGUUUCAGAGUACGCGUAGGUCAUUGGUGUCAGCAGUAAUGUCAAGCAGCCUUGCCCAGAAUGUAGAAAAUCUUUCCAUCAAGUCUAAAAAUAUUGGAUUGCCGAUUAUGGUCAAUAGUUGCCUGGGCAAAAUGGGAAAGGCUGUUAUUGAAGCAGCUGUUUCUGCAGGCCUUCAUAUUAUUCCUGUAUCAUUUGGUGCUCAGGAGGAGAGCGGACAGUCUGUUGAAGUAGGUGGUAAAGAAAUUCAGGUCCACAGUCCGUCAGAUAGAGAAGAUAUUCUUGCCUCCGUCUAUGAAGAAUAUCCAGAUCUGAUUGUGGUAGACUACACGGUGCCUACUGCAGUGAAUGAUAAUGCAGAGUUGUACUGCAAAAUUGGGGUGCCUUUUGUGAUUGGAACCACCGGUGGAGACAGGGAGAGGCUCCAUAAGACUGUGGAAGACUCGAAAAAUUAUGCUGUUAUAUCACCCCAGAUGGGAAAGCAGGUGGUGGCAUUUCUUGCAGCCAUGGAAAUUAUGGCUGAGCAAUUCCCUGGAGCUUUUUCUGGAUAUUCUCUGCAGGUAAUGGAGUCUCAUCAAUCCAACAAGAAGGAUGCAUCUGGGACUGCUAAGGCUAUUAUCUCGUGCUUUCAGAAACUUGGAGUGGACUUUGAUAUGGAUCAGAUACAAUUAAUCAGGGAUCCCCAGCUGCAAGUUGAAAUGGUUGGUGUCCCAAAAGAACACGUGUCUGGUCAUGCAUUCCACAUGUACCACCUAACGUCACCCGACCAAACUGUUUCAUUUGAGUUUCAGCACAAUGUUUGUGGACGAUCUAUAUAUGCGGAGGGCACUGUCGAUGCAGCACUUUUCCUUGCAAAGAAGGUUCAAUCCAAGGCUCCAAAACGGAUCUUCAAUAUGAUUGAUGUUUUGCGUGAAGGCAGCAUGCGAUGAUUUGUCUGGAUGGUUGGGGGAGUUGAGGAUAAUAUUUUUUUUCUCUACUCCCUGACUUCUACAUCACUUUUCUGUACUCUUGGAUCAUGUCAAAAACUAGAUAUCUUUGUUGCAUAGUGUAGGAUUAUAGAGACAAAGUAUUUUUCGAUAUUAGCUAUCGGAUAUUUUGUUCCAUAUCAGGUAUUUUUGUAAUUUUACGAGUAACUUGAUACAAUAUAAUAUAACUUUGAC